AUGACAGGGAUACAUAAUGAGCACUACGAUGAAGAGAAAAAUAUGGUUCCAAACUUACUAGGACCAAAAGUUCGCGACGUUAUGCGACCUGUGCUUUUGAGCGAGAAGCUACAGCAUACCAAUAAUCCGAUGAAGACCAAACCCGACUCAAUCCUAGGUCGCUUAACCGACCAUCAACUCGUAGUUGCUCAGAAUGAGCAACCGAACGAACUUCAAGAAACUUAUAAAUACGAGGAUGAAAACAGCGAUGAACUGCAUACCACCCAGAUGUCCGUAUCUGAGUUAAUUGAUAUAUUUGAAGGAACUGUGAAAAUCCGGCCCAGUAAGUACGAAGGUCGAAAAUCGCUCAAUGUAUGGAUUCGUUACGAAGAACAUAUGCAGCCACAUGAUCCGGAUCAUCACCAUGGAAACCGGAAAUUCCAUGACGGGUCAAUCGUUCAUAAUGAAGAUGUACAGCUACGUCAUAUACAAGACUAUAAUGAAAACCACGAAACCGAGAAUUUGUCGAUCCACUGUAGUGAAGAUGUGCAGCGUUCGGUCGCCGUGAAGGAUACUGCUGCUGUAAUAGAUUCGCACAAACUCCCGACCAAUCCACGGAAACAACCACCUCGAACAUCUCCAUGGUUUAACCCUAACUCUGUAUCAAAAAGGGCACUGACACGAAGUGUGCUCUCUCAUGUACCGUCGUUUACGAAGAAGAACGGAUUGGAAUCGACCGAAAAU